CACAGAUUUUCUCUAUCGAGAAGAGAUGGACGAAACGAGUUUUUUUAGUUGGACAUUCGAAGAUUUUCCCAAUAACAGCAAUGAAGACAAUCCAGAAUUAAUUUUUAUAAUAAAACGUAUCUGUUCUUAAUAUAAGCAUGUAUUAACUUUACCAUUCCGAAAUUUUUGGAGCACAUUAAAACACAACGUAUUUUUGCGAAGAAGUUUGAAUUCAUUUUUAAUGUAUUCAAAUAAGUAAAAAUUUAAUGAUUAUAUUAGAAAAGACACCUAAUUUCCCUAAAAAGAAGAUCAUUCUGAAGCCGCUGGAAUCUUCAAAGAAAUAUAUAGACUAGUACUUACAAUAUUUUACCGAAUAGUAAGUUGUGAGGAAGAAAAUAAUCAAUAAUCAAAUGAUUUUAAUUGUCCUUAAAUUAUUUUAGAUGAAUGGUUAAUUGAUUUACCAAAAAUGAUUGAUUUAAUUGAUAUUUAUGGAUCUGAAAAUGGAGAACUAAUAAAAAAGAUAAUAAAAAAAGCCUUCAACAUACAAUAAUACUUCAAUCAUGAUUUUAACUAAUUAUAAGAAAAAUUAGUAAAGGAUUUUCUUGACAAAGCCUAUAAAGAAAUGCUUAAUUUAAAAAAAAAGACAAACUAGGUUCCACCAGUUGUGAAAUUCUAGAAAGUGACAUAGAAAGAAAAGUGGAAAUAUUAGCCUUUUUAUUAGAUAACUCUAGUUCUAUAUUGAAUAUAAUAUAGUAUUUCCCAGAAGAAUAUAAGCAUAAGUUAUUAUCAGACGAAAAGAUAAAUAUUUUAAUGGAAAAUUUAAUGUACGAGUUAAUUUUUGCCAGAGAAGAAUCAUGGGUAAUGGGAAAAUAUAGAGCCGAUUUAUUUUUACUAAUAGAUGCUGUAUUAUAGAAUUUUGUGAAAUUUUUUACUAUUUAUUUUAAUUUUAUGAUUGAGGUAUUUUCCGAUAAAACUCUACAAAAAACAAACGUGGCAUAAAAAGUUAAAUCCUAAUGGAAUAAAUACUUAAAAGAUUUAGGAAAAAUAUAAAGUUUGGGAAAAAAACAAGGAGAAAAUCGAUAUUGGUAUUUAGUUGAAUAUGUAAGUGAUUUUGUGGACUUUAAUAAAUUAUUUUAGGCUGUCCCGGAAGAUAAUACUGAAGUUUUUUAAAUGUUUAAAAUUUAGGUUUUAUCUGUUAUUGAUGAAAGGAAAAGGAAAAUUCUUCUUUUUGAAGAAUAAAAAAAAAUGUAUUAAGACGGAUAUUCAUAAGUUGUUGAAUUAGAAGGAAACGAAAUUCCAGAUGUUAAGUUUGUGGAAUAAGUUAUUACUGAAGAUCUAAUUAAAUAAGAAGAGAAAAAAAAAAGAUAGGAAGAGUUCUAAAAGAAAAAAGACGAAGAAGAACAAAAAAUAAAAGAAGAAUAAUAAAUACAAGAAGGAAUUAAUAAAAUGGAAGAAAAACAAGAAAUGUUAACUUGGUAUAGAAAAGGGGCUUAAACAAUUAAUUUAAAAAUGUCAGAAGAAUAAUAACAAUAAUAUAAUUAAAAGACUAUUCUAUUAGCUAUGGAAUAUGACGAUGAACCUGAUGAUAGUUAUAAUUAUUUCUAACCACAAGCAAGCGCUAAUUAAGAAUAAGAAAUAAAAGAUAUUGAAGAUUAAAUCGAAGAAAUAGAAUAUGAUGAAAAUGGAAAUAAAAAAUAAUUAGAUGAAGGUUUAGAUGAUGGAAGAUAAAAUAGAAAUUAAAAUAAUUUUGUAUUUACAAGAAAAAGAGUGCCUAAUAAAGGUAAUUAUAAUUUUUCUAAAUAAAGCUUCAACAGUAAUAAUUAAUAAAAUAAUGACAAACAAUAAAAAAAUUAA